AUGGAAGGUUCCCAAAUUGUCAACAUUAUCAUUGCUUUGUUCUUGCCACCUUUAGCGGUCUUUUUAGAGAAAGGCUGGGGAAGUGAAUGUAUCCUGGAUCUUAUUUUGACCAUCAUCUUCUUCUUCCCAGGUAUGCUAUACGCGUUGUACAUUGUGUUGACCCAACACACCUCUAGAUAA